GCGGGACUCGGCGACGCCGAGGAGCCGGGGUCGCCGCUGUCAUGGACGCCUGGGUCCGCUUCGGCGCUCAGAGCCAGGCCCGGGAACGGCUGUGUAGGGCUGCCCAGUAUGCUUGCUCACUUCUUGGCCAUGCAUUGCAGAGACACGGGGCCAGUCCUGAGUUACAGAAACAGAUCAGACAACUGGAGAGCCAUUUGAGCCUUGGAAGAAAGCUUCUGCGUCUGGGUAACUCAGCGGAUGCCCUUGAAUCGGCCAAAAGAGCUGUGCACCUAUCAGAUGUUGUCCUGAGAUUCUGCAUCACCGUUAGUCACCUCAAUCGAGCCUUAUACUUUGCCUGUGACAAUGUCCUGUGGGCUGGAAAGUCUGGACUGGCUCCCGGUGUGGAUCAGGAGAAGUGGGCCCAGCGGUCAUUCAGGUACUACCUCUUCUCCCUCAUCAUGAAUUUGAGCCGUGAUGCUUACGAGAUACGUUUACUGAUGGAACAAGAGUCUUCAGCUUGCAGCAGGCGGCUGAAGAGUUCUGGAGGUGGAGUCCCUGGAGGAAAUGAAACUGGGGGGCCUGGGGGACUAGGGACUCCAGGAGGAGGCCUACCCCAGCUGGCGCUGAAGCUGCGGCUGCGAGUCCUGCUCUUGGCUCGGGUUCUUCAAGGCCAUCCGCCUCUUCUGCUGGAUGUAGUCAGAAACGCCUGUGAUCUCUUCAUUCCGCUGGACAAGCUCGGGCUCUGGCGUUGUGGCCCUGGGAUUGUGGGGCUCUGUGGCUUCAUAUCCUCCAUCCUGUCUAUCCUCACUCUGGUCUACCCCUGGCUACGACUCAAGCCCUGACAGCCUGGCGGAGAAUAAGGAGGGGAUUUGUGAGAUGGAAUCUUAGACCAUCCCUUGUGGACUAUCUGAAUUCUCAUUCUAAUUCUUUUCCUUGGUUCAAAUGAAAAAUCCAGAGGUUUAGGGGGUGGAGGGAAGACUGUUAGGAAAACAUGAGGUCAUGACAGAUGGCUUGUCAAUAGAGUCUGCUAUCCA